UGUAAUUAAAUUGCAAUUAAAAGUGAUUUAUAAAUAGGGAAAUGAAUUUAAUUACUAGUGUUUUGUGUAUAUAAUUGUGAUAUUGAUAUCAAACACAGUCUUCACAACACAAUUGGUGCCAAAAAUGCAUUUAUUUGUGCACUUAAUGUCAAUUGUGGUGACAAUUGGGACAACCAUUCGCACCACCGAUGCCUACAAUCCGUACGAAGUAUUGAACAUCACUCGAACCGCUUCCAUACCGGAGAUCAAGAAGUCUUACCGAUUGUUGGCUAAACUACUACAUCCGGACAGAAACAAAGAGAAAAGCGCCGAAAACAAGUUCAUCGAACUCAACAAAGCCUAUGAGCUUCUGAUGGAUCCGGAGAGGCGUGUGCUGUACGACAAGAGCGGUGUCACCGAAGACACGCCAAACUUCAGGUCGCGACCCGAUUAUAGCAGUUUCAAGCGCUUUGAUUUUGACCCCUUCGACACCUAUACCUUCACCAGCGGUUCCGGUGGUCAACAGUAUCACUUCAAUUUCAACGCUCCCAACACUUACCACAAGAUGACCAUCACUGCCAGGGCCUACGAGAACAACGUUAUCCCGGCCUCGCAUUCGCGGCCGUAUUUAAUACUAUUCUACGGCGACCUAUGCUUCGCGUGCCUACAAAUGGAGACCUAUUGGCAGAAGAUUGUAACUGAUUUGGAACCGCUGGGCGUCGGGUUUGCGACCAUUCAUUCGCAACACGAGAGCAAAUUGGCCCGAAAGCUGUCCGUACAGACACUGCCGUACAUCAUGUCUCUGGUUGAGGGCGAGCCGCGCGCCUAUCGGGAACCGCAAAUCAGUUUACCGAAUAUCGUUGAAUUCAUUCGCAAAUCACUGCCCAAAGAUCUGGUCCAAGAGGUGACUGACAGUAAUUACGAGCAGUUCCUGAAUGGAUGGCACGACAACAGAGUGCGCACACUGUUUGUCACCGAAGAGUCAAACAUUAGACUUCGGUAUCAAUUGAUUGCCUACGAGUUUCGUGAGCGCAUAGCCUUCGCACACGUGACCGGCAACGAGGCCUCCCGACAGAUACUCACCCGCUAUCGAGUGGACCCGAAGAUGAACUCAAUGCUCAUAUUCAACGAAGACAUCACCCGAACCACAGCCACGCUAUCGGUGUUUGAGCUCAAGCCUCAACUCAUGCGCGACGUUCUCGAGUCCAAUAAGUUCUUGCUUUUGCCACGACUGGCCUCUCAGGCAAUGUUCGACCAGUUGUGUCCGACAGAGAGUGUCCGCUCCCGGCGUCGACUGUGCGUAGUGUUGGUCACAAACAACCGGCCGGAACACGAGCCCAAACGCGAGGCGAUGCGCGAGUAUAUGCGCGAAAACAAUUACCCGAAAGAGAGGUUUCGGUUCAUGUAUUUGUACGAAGAGAAACAGCCGGAGUUCGUCAAAGCGCUGACCGUCGCCUCCAACGCGCCGCCGGCCGCGAGUUUGACCGGCCCUACGCUGCAAGUGGUGGUCCUCUGGCGCCGUCAGUCGGACCGCGUGUUUUACGAAUGGCUGCCCAACGGCUGGGAUAUCGGCGACAGUAAACGGGCCAAUGAAACGAAAGCCAAUUUGAAUACACUGUUGACUAAAUUGGUUCAAAACACCGAAGAG